GUGUUGUCGGGCAGCAGCUCAAGAGCGUCGACGGAGGUAAAGUCCACGGAGGAAUCGGACGCCAUUGAGGAGGAGGGGAAGGAAGGGGGGGGGGGGGGGGGGGGGGGGGAGGAGGAGGAAAAGGGAAAGGAGGAGGAAAAGGGAAAGGAGGAGGAAAAGGAAAAGGAGGAGGAAAAGAGAAAGGAGGAGGAAAAGGGAAAGGAGGAGGAGAAGGAUAGUGGCCAUGGUGCAGUGCACGCUCAUUAUGGGGAGCAUUCUCAAGAACGGCAAGGCGUAUGUGGACGAGGAGGCAGAGGAGGAGUUCAUGUUCCGCUGCCUGCUCUUCGUCCGCUCCUUCUCUCUCGGGGACCGCCCCCCGGCCCCCGGCGCACGUUUGAGGCGUUCUGGGAGUACAGGUGUGAAGAUGAUUGGCGCAAGGCAUUCAACUACUUCACAUGGGGAAUCUUCUCGUUUCUCCUCAGCCUCAUUCCUAUUGGUUGGAUUAAGUUCAACUUCUCAUCGUUCAUCCCAGCAGUCUUCAUGGCUAUUGUCGUCUGCUCCAUGGCUCUCUGGGCCUACCAGCAGGUGUCAUGGGGAGCCUACCUCACCAAGGGGCGCCGCCACUUUGACUCGCUCCUCUCUGACGCCGAGGCCUUCAGAGUGCGACCCUCCGGGCUGCCCUUUGACUGGCACAUUGCGCCGGAGGCUUCUAGAAAACGCAGCUCUGCGCAUAAAACGGGGGGUUUGACCGAGUCCAAUUCGGCUUCGCGGCGUGGGAAGCGGGUCGAAAACGAUUCACAGGGGAGGGGAAGGGAGGAAAGGGACGAGCGGGCGAUCAAACAAGAAGGGAAGGAUGUUCCUGUCCACGAGAGCAUUGGUGCUCUUGGUGGGGGAAGUGCGCCUCUGACGAAUCCAGUCUCGGUAACUGGUCAGGAGAAGCCGUUACUUAAUGGCGGUGCUGGGGAUGCUAGAACAUACCCUGUGGGUGAUGACACUGGUGAUACGGCCUUGACUUCGACCAGUGGCGCCGGUGGUGAAGGUCUGGGUCAGCUCAAGAGUGCCACUGGUGGUGUAGGUUUGAGGCGCCUCAAGAGUGGCACUGGUGGUGGUGGUGAUGCGCCUCUUGCUCUGAGUGCGAGCGAUGUCAAGCAGCUUCAACAUGCCGGUAGUAGCAGGUGUGAGAUCAGUGAGGUGCAGGAGUGAAAGAGUUGCUGUGGGGUUCUUUCAUCCAACUGUACAAAAGUAUCACAAUCACAACAAUCCAGUCCAGGAUUAGUAGUACAUGUACAAUGUACAAGUGCACCCCCUUAGUACUACCGGUCGAUAGGUCGGGGUACGCAGGCCAAUCAGCUAAUGCAAGUGAGGCGGGUGAUUUGCCAGCAUUCUUGCCUUGUCCCCAGUGACUCUUAGAUACAACCCACUCCAUAUCUCCUCUCCUGUAUGUCAACAAACAUAUAUUCUGUAUAGACACAUAUCUAGUUAGUUUAUAUAUGUUUGUUAUAGCCUAGCUAGAUCAGUUCUUAGAGGGGACAAUAUUUGUACUUGUAUCUUCCCUC